UCAGCAACAAUUAUCGAUGUGAGAGUCCUGGUGAUACCAUCGCCUCAUUCCUUUUUUUUAUAUUAUAUUCUUUUCUUUGGACCUGGUGUUCGUUGUCUUCAUAUUUUCAUUCCACGAUGGCUGGCCUUCUGAAUGGUUUGGGUAACACCUUGGGGGGACUUGGCGGCGGCCUGUUAGGUGGGAAUGAUGAUGAGAACAACAGCAACAGUAACGGUAAUGGGAAUACACAAGCGACAACGACUGGAGCGGAAGAACAGACCGGGAAGACGAGCUCGGCGGUAGGCAAUGAACCUACAGCCAAUUCUGGCGGGAAAGAAUCGGCCGACCCGGAGAACACGAAUAAUUCGGACGAUUCGAAUAAUAUCAAUAAUUCGGAUGAUUCCAAUAAUUCAAAGGAUUCGGGUAACACAAACAAUUCAGAUGAUGGCGAUGCAAAUAAGCAAUCGGCCACUUCUGCGCAACAGGCCGCGACGACAAAGUUACCCGAGUCACCCGCUGAGACUUCAGCUGUCGCACUCAACCCCGGUGCUGCCGACAACACCGAUUCUGCUGUUUCCAGUGCAUCGGAGACAUCGAGCGCAACACAGAAGGCCAGCGCUCCAGAGAAAACCGCCGACCCCGAACCAAGCCAGACGUUUACUGUUGGUGGGCAAACAACGGCCUCAUCGGUUCCGACAACCCUUGCGACAUCCGUCAAGUCAUCAUCAAGCUCACUCCUCGAAAGCGUGGCCACCAGUCUCAACAUCCCCGAGUCAACCAGUAGCGUGUUAAGCAGCGCAGAGGAAACGCAAGCUGCCGCUGCAUCAACUCCUGCGCAAGUCCAGGCUACGCAGCUCCCCCAACAGGACUCUGCUGCGACUCAAAGUGCCGUCGCAGACUCCAAUGGAAAUGCACUUACCCAAUCAGAGACAGCCUCAGGCAACGGCGGUGGAAUGAUCGGCAGCUUACCCGUCGCCGCCGUAGCCGGUAUCGCCGGAGGCGGCGGUGGCUUAAUCAUUAUCCUAAUCACGAUCUUCGUCCUCAGGCGCGUAUGGCGCAAGCGGCGCAACGGCAACGACGAGGCACUAGCCCGUCUCGAUUCCAUGUACGAGGCCGGAAAGCCGACCGCCGCGGAAUCGACUGAGAAGCUGGUCCGUUGGAACAAGGGACUAUCGGCAUAUCACAGAAUGUAAAGUGAUAAAUGCCGCGUAAUACGGGGAAAACUACAGAGCAAAUUGUCAGUCAACGGAGUCUGGGAAUAGAGCGAUCAGGUUUGCCCUUACACGUUAAAUCAUAUAUCAAUCAUAUUUAACCUACCUAUACCUAUAUAUUAAAAGCUAGUCUAGUCGUUACCAUAGUUAUAUCCUUAAACCCAUCGUCGAUGUAAUAGUACUGUAUUGGGAUUGAAGAAAUAAUGGCCACUCGGUCAUACAUACCAAUAGAAGUUAGAUUUAUUUGUUGUUUAUUUCGAGCGUUGAAUCAGUGAAUGAAAAUCAGAAACCUGUAACUCAUUAUUUUGUGUUGGUAUUUCGUGCAUAACUGCGCACUUACAU